CUGCCAGCCACACAUCAAGCUGAACAGGGCUCAGCCACCUUUCUGCCAGAGCAGAGCAAGAUCCCAGUCACCAUGGGCAGGCAAAAGGAGCUUCUUUCUAGGAUCGACGGGCUGCUGAGGAUCCGGAGCAAGCUACUGAGGCAAGCGCUGGCCGAAUGCCUGGGGACUCUGGUCCUAGUGAUGUUUGGCUGCGGCUCCGUCGCUCAGAUCGUGCUCAGCAAAGGGACCCACGGAGGCUUCCUGACGGUUAACCUGGCCUUCGGCUUUGCCGUGACUCUUGGCAUCCUCAUUGCGGGACAGGUGUCAGGCGGCCACUUGAACCCAGCGGUAACUUUUGCCAUGUGCUUCUUGGCUCGUGAGCCCUGGAUUAAGCUGCCGGUUUAUGCGCUUGCACAAACCCUGGGGUCUUUCCUAGGAGCAGGCAUUGUCUUCGGCCUGUACUAUGAUGCCAUUUGGGCUUUUGGCCAAAACAAGCUGAUCGUAUCCGGAGAGAAUGCCACUGCCGGCAUUUUUGCCACGUAUCCCUCUGAGCAUCUGGAUGUAGUGAAUGGAUUUUUUGACCAGUUCAUUGGCACUGCAGCCCUGAUUGUUUGUGUCUUGGCUAUCGUGGAUCCCUACAACAACCCUGUCCCACGUGGCCUGGAGGCUUUCACCGUCGGCUUUGUGGUCCUUGUUAUUGGGACCUCCAUGGGCUUCAACUCCGGCUAUGCCGUCAACCCAGCUAGGGACUUUGGGCCUCGCCUGUUCACUUCCAUUGCUGGCUGGGGCUCCGAAGUAUUCACUACCGGGAAGCAUUGGUGGUGGGUGCCAAUUAUCGCCCCUUUCCUUGGGGCCGUCGGAGGAGUGAUGGUUUACCAGCUGAUGAUCGGGUGCCACGACGAGUGUCCUCCACCAGCCACGGAGCAGGAAACAGUCAAACUGUCCAACGUGAAACACAAGGAAAGGGUCUGAGGAGGCCUCUGCCCCUGUUGGGUGGAUAUGGACACUUUACAGAGGACUGCAGUGGGCAAAGAAGAGGGAGGAAGGAAGAAGACAGCUUCAAGAACAAUAGCGAGAGUUUCUUUUCCCUUCUCGAGAUAGUCUGUCCUAAUUUCUUUGCCUAUUCCUGGUGCAUUUGCUUUCGAGGUUUGCCUGUGUGCCUUUGCCAAGCAUUGCAGUGCCAUAUAGUUUUUUUUUGGUAAAGGGGUGGGUGGGUGGGAGGGGAAGAGCUGAACGGCUAGCACACAGGCCUAGGAAACAGGCGGCCAUGUUUCUCACCAGGCUGUGCUCCCGGCUUCUUGCAUGACCCCCCCUAAGCAUUUCACUUCUCUGGGCUUGUUUCUGUCUUCUUUGCAGGGGGGGCAAUGUACCUUUGGCACAAGCAUUUUGAGAUGGGGGGAUGAACAAGGACCAAAUAAAGAACGCGUGGCCGUCGGAUCACGUUCGUUCCUGGUGUACCUCUGCUGAAGUCCACGACUUUAUACCAGGGGCGAACGUGACCCUUUCCAUUUCCAGAAGACCUGCAAGCAAUUGGUCUUUUCUUAGGGUUAAGCAAUGUUAGACAGGAUCAGUAACCGUGCACGGGACUUUCAUUUUACAGUAGAAUAAAAUGGUUACAGGAGUCCUUCCCUUGAAUAUUUGAUCCGCAGCCGUUCUUGGUCUCACCAUGCCACUGAAGAUGAUAUUUAGGGAGACACUGAUUCACCGAAGGCUUACCUGGCUGAAUGCUUUUGUGUUUCUGGUUCAUUGGAGAGGCUUAUGCAGCAAUCCAGGUGUUGUAUAUAAAGUAUGAAUUGCUACCAGCCCCGGUCCACUGAAAACAUAGUCUUUGACGCUUGAUCAAUUUGAGUUUGUUUGUAAACUUUACUUUAGCUUUUUAUAUAUAUUAUAUGUAAGGGUGUGUAUGUAUGCGUGUGUACAUACACAUACACAUACACUUAUGCCAUACAGAUGUUACUUCAAAUACCAAGUCAGGGAAGAGUUAAUUUAAGGAUGAUCUAUGGGAACUGUCUAUUCGCUGACUGCUUUGCCCUUCUAUUUUGUUCUCAAAGCACAAGCAUAUUGGUAGAGAUAUCCCUGUGCUCAUAUUAUUCGAGCAUCUUUGAUAUCCUUGGCACCAUGCUGUAGGGGCAUCUUGAUUUCCGUGACAUCAUGGUAUUAAGAACAUCUGUGAUAACCUAUGCUGCCCAGGAGUGUCCAGUUCCUGUCGUGUCAUGUAGUGAAGGCAUCCUGAAUGCCCAUGGUGUUAGAUGCGUUCUGGUUCCCAAGAUGCCAUAUUCUUCGAGUAUAUUUGAUAGCAAUUGUGCCAAGUUGCUAAAGAAUCUCAGGUCCCCCAUGGCAUCACACCAUGAAAAACCCUUUUGAUACUUGUUCCUAUAAUGCAUGAAUUCCUUCAAAUAUGUAACUUGUAUGCAGUACACAUUUCCAGUUAGUGAAAGUAUGUAUCCUUUCUUGCCUUUUUUUUUUAAAUAAAUGUCAAUACCAGAAUUGUCAA